AUUUGUUCUGGCUGCUGCAAGUCGGCCGGUGGAGCCCCGGUGCAUGUCGAUAAGGACGAGCGAAAAUGUGGGCAUCGCCGAUUGUUGGGGAUGGUCGUUCGUGCGAUUACAUGGCAGAGUGAUCAACCAGGUCGACGGACAAUUCAGCAGCCACUACAGAGUACAGAGUACGCAGUAGUAGGAUCAUACAGAAUAGACCCUACUCUCUGACAGACUCUGACUGGGAAUCCAAUUUCCUACUCCAUACUGCAGCCACGCCUUGCCUCCUCAACCAUUCAUAUUGACCCGAACUAUUCAAAUCGACUGGAUCGAUAAGUCCAAAAAGUGUUGUCAAUCCUGCAUAUCAUGCUCCACCAGGUGUGCAUCACGCUGGCCUGGCUUUCCCUCCUUCUUUCUCUUUCCCCCCCUUGGCUCCCCACUCGUCCUGGUCAUGGAUGUCUGUCUGUGUCUGUCUGUCAACCCCCCUUUUUACAUUCCAAUAGGAAAAAUUCUUUCCAACGGCUGAUGCUCAAGACUCUCCCUCCCUCUCUUUCUUCCACCCCGGUCCUUGUCAGUGCUACUCUGUAUGCGACUCUCCUCUGCAUGUCACGAUGUAUGGACCGGAGGCACAGUAGUGGGUUUUGAUCGCGUCGUCAUUCCCCAAACACUUGGGAGUUGGGAGGCCCAGAAAAAAACCGGAUUCUGCGGGCGGAUUCUUCUAUUGUUCUCGAGCAUGAAUAUUGGCAGCACCGUUUUCCACGGGAUUUUCCUGCAGGAGAGCAAAUCGGAUGGGGGGUUUUUUUUUCAAUCUAUUGUUCACGACUGUCUCUGCUCAUGCAAGGAUGUUGACUACUAUUGAGACCGACAAGUACUUACGGACAAGUAGAAGUUCAUAGGGAUCAUCACCACCAUCAUCGAAAUGAUGAAUUAUCAGCAACGUACUUCAGCGUG